GUGUGCGAAGGGAAAUCUUCUACUGAAAAGUUCCAUGACAGUCGGGGUCCUGACGAAGGUAGUAAACACGGUCGAAAACGCCGUUUCCACAGUGCCUUGGAGGAUGGACAUUCCGAGCUUUGCAGUCGGCCUCAUCAUAAGCUGUUUAAUCAUACUCCAAGAAACCACAGCAAAGCGAGACCUACAACUGUACUGCGGAGCAUGCCAGGCUUUGGUAGAUGAGAUCCAGUAUGCCAUUGGGGAGGUAGACCCUCUUGAAACCCUAGAAAUGGGCUUCAGGAUAGACCCCCAGGGGCGUCAGAAAGUUAAGAAGAUCCCCUACGCAGGCUCUGAGGUUCACUUGAUGGAGUUGCUAGACGAUGUCUGCAGUAAGAUGAAAGACUACGCAGAGAGCACAGACCCAGAGACAAAGCUCAAGAAGUAUGUGCGCUUCAACGCCAGAAAAGAAGGUGAUCCUGUGGAACUGACAAACGUGUCUAUCAACCGAGACAUCAGUAAAUCAUUAGAAGUAGCUUGUCGUAAUAUUGUGGAGGAGUAUGAAGAAGAGAUUGUGCAAACCUUUACAGCCAAAGAGCCUAAUAUAAAGACGCUAAUAUGCAAUGAUGUUGCAGAGGUUUGUUCGGGUCCAGCAGAGGUAAAUUCUGAAAAGACGGAGCUUUGAUGAAGACCAACUGCAAUGUUUAUGUCUCAUCGUGGUAUGUCUAUUUAUCAAAAGUACUUUGCAACUUAAAAAUGGACCAGUAAGGUAUGCAGCCAUUAUUCAAGCACAGAGCCUAAUGUAUGUUGUUACAGGUGUACUGUCCAGGCUAUUCUUGAGUUUGAAACCCUUCUUCCCCACCCCCCCCCCCCCCCCCCCCAAAAAAAAAACGAAUUGCAAUUUUUUAUGGCAAUACAAAGGUUUUCAGACAUCACCCUAAAAUAAAAAAGGCCGCUCAGUGAGUUCGGUAAUAAUCUUGAGUAAUCUGCAGCUUUGGAAAUAAUUACUUCAGGUGGGGCAGACUGAUUCCUGCCUCCCUUUUAGGAUCCAUAAUGUGGGGAUUGGUAACCAGUCUACUUGCAGGGCAAAUCUGUUUGUGCGCAAAAGCAACGCAAAAUAGCAGUGUUUUUCUUUUCUUCAAAGGAUUGCAGAUGUACGAGGCGAGUUAAAAACAAAUUAGCUAAAACAAAAUCUUCAAAGUCAAAAUUUACUAGGGAAAGGGACCUAGGAAAGAAUUGUGCUUAGCACAGCAAUACUUGCUCAUCAAAAAUGGGUUACCGGCUAAAAUGUCAAGUGAAAAGCAUCUCCAUUGACUGGUUCCCUGUAACUUGUAUUAUAUUGCAUAUAACUCCCUGCUCAGCAGCUUGCCCAGGACAAAACAGUUUUUGAAAAUCGGAAUUAUGGACUGGAAAACUAACAAGGUUAACCACUUCCCACCAUUCCUUUAUAAUGUAGCUUUUAUUUCGUAUAGAUUUGUCUCUCAUGUCAAGUGGUAUUGACUUUUAAUAUUUCUGAUUCCAUAUGUAUGAAAAGUAUGUGCACAGUUGAUCUCAUUUAUGUUUUGUAUUUUGUAUGUCUUUUUAUUGGUAUGCCUGCUCCACAUUUCACCAGGGAAGUGUUAUUUCAUCGUAUCGAAAUUAUUUGAUUUUGUUCUUGUUUUGUGGGGGUUUUUUUGGAGGGGGGUGAUUUGUUUUUGAUUUUUCUUUCAUUGUACUUGUCUUGCACUCAAGCAAAAUUUUUAAAUAGUGAAUAAUAUUGAAAGUAUAAUGUAGUACACUCGUGUCCAUCGAAAUUCAAUCGAAAUUAAAUUUGAGAUAAUUUUGUUUAUUGGGUAAUUGGGCACCGAUAGUCUUUCAUCAAAUAAGUGUAAAUAGGAGACAGAAAGUAUAAUUUGUUCCUCCAAUCUUUUCAAACUUAAAGAGGUUUUAAAGAACAUUUCUUGAACAUGUUAAUGUCAGACGGAUCUAGACAAUUAAUUUGCGUUUUCCUACCAGAAAAUUCCCUUUAAAAAAUGUGACCAGUAAGUUUUGUUGCACCAAAAUAUAUGUAAUUAGGAGGGAUGUGAGCUUUGUUGACAAUGGUAAAAGUAUAAUAAGGCAUUUUAUUAAAAUCACUUGAAUUUUUCAUCAAAA